UCAAGAGUUGAGCUGCCACGAGUACACAUAACGAGUACCUCUGAGUUCGUGCAGAGGGCUUUCCGCCAGUCUCCGCUGGGGGUUCCUGUAUUCCGCGAUCCUUCGGCAGUCAGACAUAAUAGCGGCGAAGGCGGAGGGACGCCAACCAGUCCCACCUGCCGCCGCCUCUUUGCAAAGUAAACCGGGCGGGGAUGCGAGAAGCGGCCGCCCGCUGCCACCGAGGGUGUGGUGCGCGGAGCCGGGCUGCUUCCCGGAGGCCGCGCCUGCCAUUGGCUUCUCCUACAGUGGAGGCUGGGCUAGGCAAGCCGGGAGGAGGGGGGGGGGGCAGGCAGGGAAAGUUGCUGCCUGCGCCAUGCAGUUCCCACUCGGCCCGGGAGUUUGCGCGGGACUGGCGGAGCUGAAGCCCAGGCGCGAAACAGGGUGGCAAGACGUGAAAGAGAACCGGUCCAUUCCUAGGGCUGUUCCUACCCUUCCAAGACCGCUGUGGAGUCCCAGCCUGGUUGCACGCGUGGAGAGAAUCGCACCUUCUCUCCAGGCUCCCUUUCUCUGCUUUUCUGCUUGACCCAAGAAGAUUGCUUUUGGAGGGCUGGAACCAAGGAUCCUUUUGAGACGGAGACAGCCCAGGGAGCACCGCAGGAGAACAGUCCCUGACAAGAGGUGGUGAUGCUGGGGUGCUCUCUUUGCGGCUGUGCAUCCCCUGCGCUAAGUGGGGAGAGGCGAGGAGCUGGUAGCCUGGAGCUGUUACUCCUGCUGGUCCUUUCAGGCUGGGUUUGGGCUCAGCAGCCACAACCACAAUUUCUCCCUUGCCCUGCGCUAUGUGAGUGCUACGAGACAGCCCGAACAGUGAAGUGCAUCAACGACAACUUGACCGAGGUGCCUUCUGAGCUGCCGCCUUUCGUGCAGGGACUCUUCCUCAACCAUAACUGCAUCAGCAACCUCUCUUCUGCCUCCUUCCUCUCCGCCUCCCUCCCGGAGCUCACCCUCCUUGACCUGAGGGGUAACCAGCUGAGCUGGGUGGGCGCGGAGACUUUUGCUGGGCUGCCCCACCUAAAGCAGUUGGACCUCAGCAACAAUUCGCUCACUUGGCUCAGCCCCAUGGCCCUGGGCAAUGCUAGCAGCCCCUUGGAAGAACUGGACCUGAGCAGCUCCCUCUACAACAACAGUUUUGUGGUCCUGGUGGCUGAGCUGCUCCAGACGGGCACGCUUCUCAACUUGAGACUCUUGGACCUGUCGGAUAACAAUUUGAUUUAUCUGCCGGCCAGGAUGUUCUCCACACUGCCCAGGCUGGAGCACCUAGACAUGCAUAACAACUCCCUGGUGAGUUUACGUAACGUGUUCUUGGGGAGCCUUCAACAGCUGCGCACCUUCGAUCUCGGCAGCAACGGUUUCAAGACCCUGAGGAACGACACCCUCCAGCAGCUCCAGGGCCUCCCUUUGCUGUCCCUCAAUCUCAGCGGCAACCCCUGGGCUUGUGACUGCCACAUCGAGGACUUGGUGAACUGGCUGAAGGAGAGCAAGCAGGUCGAGGCCAAAGGGUCGCUCCAGUGCUCCUAUCCCCAGGAGUUGCAAGGACGCUCUUUGGUGAGCAUCGAUGUGUCCAAACUCGACUGCCCCCUUCUGAUCGACGACCAGACCCCGCUGCAGACUUCUUAUGUCUUUCUUGGGAUAGUCUUGGCCCUCAUUGGUGCCAUUUUCCUCCUGGUUUUAUAUUUGAACCGAAAGGGGAUCAAAAAGUGGAUGUAUAACAUCAGGGAUGCCUGUAGAGACCACAUGGAAGGCUAUCACUACAGGUACGAGAUCAACACAGAUCCCAGGCUAACAUCCCACAACUCCAACUCAGAUGUCUGAAGAAGUACUAUGGGGAAAUGGGCCUGAUGCAUAAUAGUCCCGCAUGAAAUGUAGACUUUAACUCUUGCCCUUCCUCUUCCCUUUUCACCCCGACAUCAGAGACUUCACUUGUGCAGAGAAUUAUGCUUCCCUGCACAACAUUCACAUUAUUGUUAUUAUGAAUGUGGUGCAUGGUGUUAGACAGUCUGUGCCAUUGCUACUUUCCAGCCUUUUUCCUUUGCAACUCGCUGCCAGCUUGUGGUUGGAUAUUUCUUAGCAUCUAAACAGAUAAGGAAUGUUCCCUCUUUGUUUCCCUCUCUUGAUAUUUUCAAAGAGUGAGCAUAUAUUAAAAAGUAUCAUUCAACAAAGACUGCCUCAACUUUUUUUUGAGAGAGAAACAUUAUACCGAUUGGAAGGUUGGUUUUUGUGCCUCAUAAUUGUGAAAAGGUUUAUAGAUUCCAUACAUAUUUAGAAAAGGGACAUGUACAGACAAGCAAGUAAACAUCAAGCAUGCAAAAAGGGAAAACGCUUAGCCCAAGUAAAAUCACAUCCCUUAGCCAAGUAUAUCAGUUAUUUGCAUGUUUGCUCUUUCCUUGGUCGUUUGUACAAACCUCUUGUAUGGUUUUGCUUUUGGUAAAAAAUACAAGCAUUUACAAUGCAUAUGUGGAAACUGGUGUUUUAAGGAAUUCUCACCUCAUACAAAUUGCAUAUGAAGUGAGUGUGCACUGUUAAAUAAGCCAAUAAAUGUUUCUGUUUUGCUGCAGCAGGCUAUCCUUUUAUAAUAAGGAAGUUAAGUCCCCAACACGAUAUUCUUUCCUUUUUGAUUAAAAAUUGUGCAAAAUAUGAAAGAACAUCCCUUUUAAAAAAAAUAUUUGUUUGGAAGCAUGUCAUCAACGUAGUUUAAUUUUAGACAGGCUUGAAAAAUGCAAAGUUAACAAUAAUUUGCACUUUUUUUGUUAAACUGCAUGUGAACUACCAUCUCUCUUAUUAUGCAAUCUCAUUCUACAUAGUCUGUUGUGACCUAGGAGUGGUUGUACAACAACUCUUAAGUGGAAAAAUGAAGUAUUAAAUGACACUGAUUUUUGGAGCAAUCGCUGAAAUUGGGAGCAGGAUCUUGCUGCUGAAUAAUGGGCACUUGCACCUUUUUUUUUUAAUCUAUGCAAACAUUACUUUUGGCAACUCGUAUGAAUUAUCCCCAGAUGCAUGUGAGAAAUCUUAAACUGAAAACACAUAUUUCGUUGAAUUAAAAUAUGGAUUGUUUCAUUGUUGCUCAGCUUAUGUGAACGCAGUAAACUAUGAUUUAUUCAACAAACUAUUAUUAAAUCAAUGGUGGCUUAACACAUGAACCCAACCAUAAUGUAGCAUGAGUUUCAAUGACAACCCAUCUGUGGAAAAAGAGUAGAGUUCCAAGUGUUUAAUUUGACUAAAUUGUAUCUAAUGUAUCUAAGCUGCAAUAAUUAGAACAGGGAUCUAGAUGCACGUACUUUUGGAAAACUAAUGUAAUGAUAGAAUUAAGCCAUAGGUCCUAUGGAGUGGUAGGCUCAUUCCGAAAUAAGUAUGCUUAGCAAUAGCGUCUGAUUAUAAAACAACUUUGUUGAAGUUAGCAUGGCCUUAGUUUUCAGUUGAGAGGUUGUACAUCUUCAGACCUCAAGGGGGGAGGCUGACAUAACUGUUCACCAAGCUGGAGACAAUAUUAUACAAGUCUAGUUUUCAAACCUUAGCUAAUAUUCACAAGGAAUAACAUAACAUCUGUGCAAUUGUAUAUUUUAUGGUUUAACUUGUGCAUGGCUAUGACUUUAUGUGUCUCUUUGCCCAUUUAUAAGGAAGGAUGCUUUGCAAACCAUAGGUGUCACCUUCAGUCUGACUGUUGUGAUAGUCCAGGAAGUAUAUUAAACACAUUCUUCUUUGAAAAACUGGAAUGCAUGAACUGUGAUGCCAAUCUGCAUAUCAGCUCUAAAUAGAUAAAUUUACUUUCUGUUAGCAAUUUUUGGAAAGUUGUAUAUCACGUUCUUGGUAUUGCUUGUGAAGUACUAGGUCUAAUAAAUCACAAAUAAGUUUACUAUAGCGAUAAGCAAUAUCCAGACCCAUAUUGGUCAGGAAAAAAUUUCCAACUAAAUCAAUGGCAUGGAAAUCUUGUGUGUAAUUAACAUUAUUCAGAAUGUUUAUAGCUUAACUAUGCCACUGUUUAUGAAGCUUCCACUCUUAUGUGCACACACCAUUACAGUAUUGCAAGUUUUGCUAAAUUUCUUUUUGCAAAUUUGUUUGUUCCAAUUUUGGGGGAAUGAAGAGUAAUAAAACCUGUACUACUGAUUUAUCUUUUAUUUCACAAAUACAAAUUUCCUGAUUUUAAUCAUUGCUUAGUCUGUAAUAUUACUAGAGUUAGUAAUAUAAUUCUAUUGUGAUAUAAGCUCUUAAAAAUAAAGUAAAAUAAAAUACAGUAGGUGCUAACUAAAAAUAGCAUUUUCAGACAAUGCUAGUGCUUAAGUCAUUUUUUCAGUGUUUUCAAUAGAAAAUGGCAUUGUUGGGGGGAAAAACUGGCUUUGGAAGAUGCACUGCAUUUUCUUAAGCAGUUGUGCAAUGCAAAUCUUAAUUUGACCAAUGAAAAAUGUACCACCAAACAAAUGAAUAAUGUUAGCAGAUACUAACAUUAUAGAAAAACAUCAGAUUCUUAAGGUAUUGAAUGGUGGUGUAUGCCAUAAUAACUUUAUAUUUGAAUCAACUUGAAUCAAAUAGUCUUUCAUUUAAAAAAAACCAAUCUGGGCAUAUUUGCAUGUUUCCUAAUCAAUGAAUAUUCUCCUGAAUCAGUGUUAAUCAGAUUGUCUAAAGUGCAAUAGAUUUUUCCAAUAAGAGGAAGACAAUUAUAAAUAAUUGUUUCUGUUUUGCUACUCAGCUCUAUCCCCUGUUUUUCUAUGUAUUUGUUAAUACACGACAUGUUGAGAUGGGCAUAUUCUAAACGCUCUUAGAAUGGUCCAACAAUAAACUGAUAUUUUAAUCGUUAUGUUAGUUUGACGUAGAAUUAAAACAUACAGAAUAUAAUU